GAAUAUCGACCAUUUUCAAACUUAAAUAUAUAACUAUAUAACAUAUAUAUAACAUAUAUAUAUAUUCUUGUAGAGAGGAUAUCCUUAUGUUCAAGAAUCUCAUAGAGAGCUUUCGCUAUCCUACACAACUUACAACUUCCGAGUACAACGACAAUAUCGAUUUUACGUAUAGAUGAUUCGAAAUCAAGAUAGCUCGUCGGGGAAAAGAGACAUUCGGAGCGCGAAUCUCUUAGAUAUAUAUGUAUUCUACCCCCCUCUUUGGUUUGUUAGUUAUCUAUCAACGUCUGUUCAAAGACUCGUGAUAUCUCCUUGCCCAUUCUUGAGUGUUCUUAUACAGAGAGGCCUACUUCGACAAUUGAAAAUCCGGUCAAUCUUUUCACUUCAUCAUGUUACCUCCCGCGCAGGCAGAAUCCAAAACCGUAACCCAUACAUACAAGCCUUUUUCCGGAGAAUUCUUUGGACGGGUCGAGGAGACCUCGGAUGAGGAACGCACUACGCACGAGGGGGGUUGUCAUUGUGGUGCUGUUACCUUUACUGUAACACUCAAAUGGCCAUUUCCUAAGUACACUGUUAAUUCAUGUACCUGUUCAAUCUGUACUCACAAUGGAUAUUUAUUAGUUUAUCCCAUGAGACAAGAUGUUAAAUUCUCAGGUGAUUCGGAGGAAAAUAUGGGCUCUUAUAAAUGGAGACACAAAGUUGCAGAUCAUAGGUUCUGCAAAACUUGCGGGAGUAGCAUUAUGAUUGAUCUACGUCGACCAGAGAUAUUUGGAGAAACGGAUCCGAGAAAGGAUAUGGUGGGCAUCAAUGUACGAAACUUCAAAAACAUCGAUCUUGAUGCACUGAGUUAUACGUAUUUCGAUGGGAAGAACCUCAUCUAAUCUGGCAAUUCUGAUGCGCAAGCUGGACACGUUUUAGUGCCGUCUGUGGAGGGGAUCUAAAGAUUAUCUCAAGGUAAGAGGCUUGUUGUCUUGGAGUUCUUCAAUGAAGCCUUUGUAUUCAUUACCGAGUCGGACUUAUAAAAUGCUGUAAAAUUACAGACUAGCAUCUGCAAAUUAUGUGCAAGGAGGAAGGAUGCAUUCGUAAGACGUAGCAUUUAUAUGUUGGUUCCUCAGAUUUUAUGUACAUCAUUCAUAUAAAAGCGCGGAGAAUAGAAUUUCUGCUUUGGUAUUCCACUAUCUGCUCCAAUCAGACUUCGCAUGCUAGAUUAUUGUUAUUAUGCAUUGAAAUCUCAUAGUUCA